AUGCGUGAAGAAGAGGCAAAGUGGAUUACAAAGAUGAAUAGAGGGUCACCAGUUGUGGAUCGUUCCGACACAUUGGACAUCCACUUCUUCCCCCAACAAAAUAACGAGAGAGAGAGAGAGAGAGGCAGAGAGAUGACAACCAGCAUGCAUCAUCAAGUUGAUGAUCAAAUGACACUCAUUUCUCAGUAUUAUCCAGACAUAUGCAGCCUACUGGUUCCAGAACAAGGUCAGUACAGGGAGGCUACUAAACCGAGAAGAAGACGCAAGAAAAGCAAAGGAGAAGCUAGUAGCAGCGGAGUGAGAAAGAGAAAGUUGAGUCAUGAACAAGUUGAUCUUCUUGAGAAGAGCUUUGGAAAUGAACACAAAUUGGAGUCUGGGAGAAAAGACAGGAUUGCUUCUGAGCUUGGACUUGAUCCACGCCAAGUAGCGGUUUGGUUUCAGAACAGAAGAGCGAAAUGGAAGAGCAAGAACCUGCAGGAGGCGUACUCCAAGUUAAAGACGGAACAUGAGGGCACUGUUAUCGAGAAAUGCCGGCUUGAAACUGAGCUGGGCGACUCCCCACCUGACAAUCCGCCCCUUGAUGCACCAGAUUUGAACACAUUAUUGAAGCUCAAGGAACAGCUGUCAGAAGCACAGGGGGAGAUUCAGAAGUUAUUGGAGCGCUGUGAUGGGGUUUCAAGCAACAGCCCUAGUUCAUCAUUCUCAAUGGAAGUAAUGGAGCCACCUUUUCUUGGGGAGUUCGGGAUGGAAGGAUUGGAAAAUGUGCCCUAUGUGACAGAAAACAACUAUAUUCAUGGACUGAUGGAGUGGUUGAAUCUUUGUGAUAUGUGA